AUGGCGACAACUCCAGAGCCUGGUGAACCCGCGACACAGAUCCAGUCGCCCCGAGAUUCAGCAAUUGCCAGCCCAGGGUGGGCUUCUAGCACCUGUUCAGUGCACUCGGAAGACCUGGAGUAUUGGCGGUUAGGGAACCGUCUAUAUGGACGUGGCUUCCCGUUUCCGGCUGAUGACAGGGCACGAGAAGAUCACGACGCCCGUCAUGCCGUCUUCAAGAAAGCUCUGAAGGAUCGGAGCUUCUGUGCGCCCGUCCGUCUGGAAGGUGCUGACGUGCUUGAAUUGUAUACCAGAACUGGCAUAUUGGCCAUGGAAAUUGCGGACAAAAAUCCGGCUUGUUCAGUGAUCGGCGUUGAUGAGAGCCAAAUGCCUGAAGCGUGGGUACCACCCAACCUCCAGUUCGAGGUCUGCAAUCUCGAAGAUAAUGAUGACUGGACAUGGAGACAAAGGAGGUUUCGAUUUAUCAUCAUACGUCAACAUGGAGUGUUUGUAAAAGACUUGCCGGGUCUAAUACGUCGAUGUUCUGAAAUUCUCGAAGACGGAGGCUGGAUAGAAUUUCAACUUUUGACCUUAGGUCACUAUUCGCAAUCUGAACAACAAGCUCCAAUGGGCAAGAAAAGCAAAAUUCAGGACAUACAUGGUUAUCUAUCACACGGACUGGCCGCGCUCGGACGACAGCUGGAUAUACACGACAAGCUUCCUCGAAUACUCGAGGAGAACAGUUUCCACAAUCUCGAGCACCGAGGAUUUCCUGUACCUCUUGGACGGUGGCCAAAGGACGAGGAAUUGAAAGAUCUAGGUCACCUGUGGUUGGAUGUUCUUUACUGGGAACUCGAGGCAUUGAUGCUCCUACCAUUGAGCGUGGGUCUAAAGUGGGAUUACCACCUUAUUCAAUUGUUUCUCGCGGACCUUCGGAAUGAGUUAACACAAUGCGAAGGAUUGAAAAUGUUGACCGAAGUUCAUGUUGUCUACGCACAGAAAGUAUGUGAAGGUAGAACCACAUAA